AUGGCGUUUCCAGCCGCAAAUCUGACGACAACUGAAGACCUGAGCCAGAAGAUGAGCCCUAGCAUCCGAGUCUUCAAGUGCAAUGGUGAGUCGUCAUCAUCGUGACUCUCCACCCUGCAGGAGCCGUCGCCUACCGAGGUUGGUACUACUUUAGGCUGCUGACGUCUGCGAGGCACCAAGGCGGUCUCCGAAAGGAUCAUUUCACACUGUGAGCUGUGACCUUGGGUGCUCUUAUUCGCGAUCCUCUACGCUACGAUGCAUACUGACCGUCUCGCGCUGCGCUGGCUGGGUUACGCCGCCGCUGCUUACGCGUCCCUAUUCGGCAGCGGCCGGGCUUAUCAGCGCCUGCCCGCGGCGCCGCCGACGACUCGACCCGGGCCCAGCCUUGUUUUCAGAGACGAAGUGAGUGUAUCCACAUCCUCAGAUGUCAUCUACAAAGAUCAAGGAUUGAACAGAAACUUUGUUCGUGCCUCAGUCGGAUGCUCUUCGCCGCCUUCCUCCGCGGUCUGUUGGCUUGAACGGUGCUGUGCAGCGUUGGCCGACAUUUGGGCUGCCUGGGCGGGGCCGGCCGACCCUUCCCUCGGACCUCUCAGUCCCCGCCGAGAGGAGACUCCUGCUGGGUGGUGGAUCACCGCAUCGAAGGCGGGACUGGCGGGCCCUGGCAGUGGCCCUUUCAACGACGAUCGGCAUCGGCAUCCUAUCCUUCGUCCUUCACGCGAUCGAUGGGACUCCAAGCUCGGAGAAACUGCGCUGUCGGACGGUGCUGAGUGCGUUGGGCUGUUGUCCAAUGAGGAGUCGCUGGACUCGCGAGCCGGCUGGGAGACUCAGCCCAACGCACUCGGGCACCUUCCGACAGCGCAGUUUCUCCGCGAAACUAUGACACCAAGCAGAACGCGUCGAGAAAUAUGUGUCAUACAUCGAUCACGAGGUGACAGAUGGCGUACAGCACGCAUGCUCGAAAGAGCUCGUCGCAGGAUUUGAGAGCUUUGCGGUGAGCGCGCGCGCCGCGCCGCCUGCAACUUCCUCGCUCAUCUUCAAGUUGUUCCCAUCGCUACCGUGGAGAGCGAAGGGCAGGUUGGCAAUAUCUAUCGUUGUCAAAAGGAGCACCGCCAUAGCCGGCAGUCCCGCCUUCGGUGCGGUGAUCCAUCCCCCAGCAGGAGUCUCCUCUCGGGGACUGAGAGGUCCGAGGGAGGGGUCGGCUUGCGCCGCCCAGGUAGCCACACCCAUACUCCAACACUGCACAAUGGUCUUUUCGGCUUUUGCUGCAAGGAUUUGACGCGCCGAUUCAGGCUCGCGCGCACGGACCCUUUCUCCCCCGUGGAUGCUAUAGCUGUGCUUCCCACACGCGGGCUCACGGGCGGCACUCGCAACGCACGUUCCCUUUUGGGCCUUCACUGCGUUGUCGACGUUUCCUUACCAGCUUCUGCGGCUGCGUUCACCACCUGUAGGAACAGGUGCGUUCCUCACUCCCAAGACUACCUCCCAGCUGACGAGGUCGCUGAUCGAGAGUUCCAUCUUGCCGGACGUUCACAGCUGCUAGCAGCUCGUUAUGAAACCCUCGACGUGGCUCGCUUAGAGUAGCUCGGGGUAAGUGCUUCGAUACACCCAAGCUUGUUGCAUGGUGUACUUUGCACUUGGAUCCCUGCAAAUUCUUUGUGGGGGCAUUUUGCUCCGGGCCCUUGUUGGGCAACGAGCUAAAUCGCAUAUCUCUCAGCAGACCCUUUGCCGUCCUUUGCACCAACCGCGCCCCAACUGUCUUUAUACAGUGUCUUGCCUUUGUCGCACAGGUAUGCUGAGACGAUCAGUGAACUUGCUCCAUCAUCAGUUGCAGCCGACUGACAUCCAGAAGCUUGGGUCGCAAAGCUCCCAAUUGUCAUCCCGCCCACCCUCCCUGUGUAUCACCAAGAAGUUCGGACUCUCUUCCGUUUAGAUCAAUCUCUUGCGGUUUUCCCCAGAAGGCUGGGUUUUCACCGCUUGAGGUAUCUGUUUAACAACUCCUACACCACCAAUGUUGUCCUUCGUCUUGCUGCAACUCGAACCACUAUUCCGCUACGACUCGCGCGAGUGGUCAGGAGAGUCGACACCGUUGCCAAACAGACCGCGGGGAAGGCGGCGAAGAGCAUCCGACUGAGGCACAAACAAAGUUCUGUUCAGUCCUUGGUCUGUAUGACUUACAAUUGA